ACGGUACCUAACAGAGGAUCUAUAAAUACCCCUUUCAAAUUUUGAUAUAAACAUUUCAAACCGAGCCAGAAACGAAACGAAUCACCGAUUCUACCAUUUCGAAGAAGAAGAUGGAAGAAUAUUUGCAAUACAUGAAGACUUUACGCUCUCACAUGAACGAUGCGGAGGAUCAAGCCGCAAAGAUUUCAGCUGAAGAACAAAUGCAGAUGACGAACAUUCGCACUUUAGAAAUCGACAUCGAUUCAGCGAAAUCUGAAAUUGCACAAGUGGUUGAGGAUACGGAAAAGAUGAAUAAGUCAAAGGUUGAGAUCUGCUCAAAGAUAUUUGAAAACCAGAAAAAGCUUGCUUCGUUGGAUUCUGAUACAUCCAGACUUACACAGACUAUGGAGCUUAUUCGACAAGAGAAAGUUGGAUUAUCUGCUAAACUAUCAGAGAGAAGAGCCUACUAUAGCAAGGUUGCAGAGGACAUGAGGGCCAAAUUCCAAAAGCAACAGGAAUGGAUCAGAACUAAGAAGAUUAGCAUGGAACUGAAAGAGCAUGAGUUUUUCAACGAUAAAGUUGACGAGCAAAGAAGUGAAGCUGAAGGGAGGACUAGUGCUGAUGGUAACCGUGCCAUAGAUAACCUGGGGAGUGAUGCAAAGAACAACUUAAUCACUGACUUGGAUUCAGCUAAAGCAAGGCUUGAUGAAAUUCUUGUUAUGAAAUCCAAGGUUCUCAUGGACAUUAACAAGAUAAAACUUGCUAUUGAGGAUGUCAAGUGCAGAGAAAAUGAGUUUAAGCCUGAGCUAAAAGCAGCUGAUAUAACCGCUCUUGAAGAGGAAUAUAAUGCUCUUUUGUCCGACAGAGCUGGAGAAACCGAAUACUUGCAGUCUAUGGAGAAACAAGUAGGGAAACUCAAGGAGAUCAAUCAAGUUAUAAAAUGUGCCUGUGGUGAGGAAUACAAAGUUGCAUUGAAUACACAGCUGCAGUGUACUUGAACAUGAAAACUUCUGGAGGCUGUAAAUUCAGUUGUUCAUGCAGAUCUUGGUUAAGAUAUGAAUUAAUACAUUGUAAUGGUUCCUUGGAUUCUGAUUGUAUUUUUCAUUCAAUACACAGAUUUAAACUGACAAAUGAACUAGAUAGUAUCUACAGCUUCCCUAUUAUAAUAACAAGAUACAUAGUGUUUUGCUUGAG